UCAGUCUGGUGCGCAUCCCUGAUCAUAGUCCGAGACUUCCACGAUGGUGUGGACACGCACGGCUAAUGUUCCAGACCCUGGAGGAGCUGCUUCCCCCGUUGCUAGAGGCCAAGCCAGAGGCCUGAGGAGGGUACCGACCCGAGGUAGGGGACGAGGGAGUCCCAGAGCUGUCCCAGUAGCACCACCAGUAGAUCUUGCGGGAGAUACUAUUAUUGAAGAGCAGGGCGAGGUGCUCGCAGCUGAGCCUACCUCGGCGGACUUUAUGAUAGCACCAGGUUUCCAAGAGGUCAUGGGCCGUAUGCUGCGGUUCAUGGACACCAUGACUCAGGCUGGUUUAUUUCCAGCGGAUCCAACUACAUCACAGGCAGGAGAGGGAGCACAGACCCCUACUGCUCAGGCUCUUGGUCAUACAACUACAGUGUAUCAGACUCCGGGUGCACUACCUGCGGAUGGGGCUCGGCCAGUUGCUGUAGUGGUGCCCCAGCCUAGACCAGUUGUGGAUGGUGACUCGCAGAAGUUAUUGGAUAGAUGAACUAGACUUCACCCUCCUAUCUUCGGGGCUGAGCGUCAUGAGGA